AUGGCUACAUUACUCUACAGCUCCGGCGCGGAGAGCGACGACGACUUCCCUGCUGUCAACGAGCUCAUCCGCCGACACAAAGCAAAGAAUGCAAGCCCCGUCAAGGGCGCUCCCAUCAUCAACGACGAGGACAAGGAGAAUGUCGUCACCCAACCUCCCAAAUCCACCAUCAAGCCCAUCCUGAAGAUGCCGCAGAGGGACAUCCUCGGGUCGCAGAAGCCCUCCAUUCAAGCAACGCCGAUGCGACGUCGCAGACUGGGUGUCGGCUUCAAUGGGCCUCCCGUCGCAAGCUCCCUCCUCCAGCCAUUCAAUGACGAUGAGGACAUCGAGAGAGGCUGCCGCACGGCUCGCGCGCGGCGUGUGCGUGACGAGAGCUCUGACACGUCCAGCUCCUUCACCUCCUUCAGAUCAUCGUCACGGAGCACCAUCUUUUCUCUGCCUCCUCCCAAGCCUCGUUUCACACAAACUCCUGGUCGCCCGCGUCUCAUGAUUGACAGCGACGAAGAGGACCACAAGGCAAGAAGGCCAAAGCCGACGCCGAGAGUCAAGCUGAGGCAAAAGAUCUCCAAGAUCUCGCUCAUCGCCGAGGACAGCACCAUCGGAGACUCUGUGCUCUUCAAGGACACGACAAUGCGCAGCACGGACCACGACAGCUCUACCGGGCUCAACGGGCCCAUCCUCGAGUCAGAGUCGGAUGUCGAGCUGUCCAAGUCGGACAUGGACAGCCCUACGCGGAACAAGGACAAGACCGUCCGCUCGCUUUUCGCUCCCAGAGACGUGGACACCGACAAGAGCCGCGUGUCAGAUUUGUCCAAGACCGACUCUUCCGACCUCUGGAAGCAGCCCAAGCGGGACGCCGAACACAUCGAGAACAGAAUUAAGUCUGUCAGGUUAAUAGAGCCAUCACCGGUGAAGCCCAAGCCGCAGCCGCAAAACGCCGCUGCCGCCGACGGUCUUGAGAAUGCCUUUGGCAAACUGUCGCUUUUCGGAUCAGAGAAAGCCAACAUUUCCGAAAGCAAGAACGAGCCCGACACCUCCGACAGCCUUUCGGCCAGCGAGAAGGAUAAGAGCGGCACAGAGCCUUCUGAUGAGGUGCAAGUGGCGGAGUGUAGCACCCCCCAGAGGGCAACCAAGAGCAAGCUACUCACCUCUCCAUCAAAGCCGGCCCAAAUCCCCAGCACACCGUGGAAGCCCGAGAACAAGGAGUUCUGGGACCCCGAGGUCAACUUCACCUGGAUCGAUAGGCACUCCCCUGAGAGGCAGGCCAGCCCGCGCAAGCUGACGCCGAACUUGGAAGACUCGGCAGCUUUGAAGCAGAAGUACACAAACAGCCCCCAGAAGCGGUCAGAGAAGAAGGCCUUUGAUGCUAUCAAGGAUGACAUUGCGAAGAACUUCCUUCGCGAGCUUGACGAGCGCAUCACAGACGGUCGACUCGAAGCACUAGCCGCAACCACUGGUGGUCUCAAGACUGUGUGGUCAAACACUCUGCAGACCACGGCUGGCCGUGCCCAUUGGCGAUGCAAGACUACAACGCGGACAACCAAGCACAAGGACGGCUCCGUCACCAAGGAGGAGGAGCGCCAGCACGAAGCCUCCAUUGAGCUUGCCACCAAGGUCCUGACGAAUGAGGAUGACCUCCUCAACACUGUUGCGCACGAGUUCUGCCACCUUGCUGUAUUUAUGCUCGAUGGUAAGCCCAAGAUGGCACACGGCAAGGAAUUCAAAGCCUGGGGUGCCAAGUGCAGCAAGGUUUUCAAGGACAAGGGCAUUACAGUCACCACCAAGCACAGCUAUGAGAUUGACUACAAGUAUAUCUGGCGUUGUGCAGAGUGUACUUGCGAAGUCCACCGCCACACCAAGAGCGUCGAUCCUCAGCGCCAGCGCUGCGGACGGUGCCGAGGUGUGUUGGUUCAGGUCAAGCCUGUUCCACGGGUCAAGAAGAGCUCUCCCACGACUAGCGGUGCCGCGCCUGAAAAGAAGAAGCUCAGUGCCUGGCAAGAGUUCCUGUCUGCACAGAUGGCGGAGCUUAAGACGACGCACAAGGAGCUGGCAUUCGACAAGAAGAUGGAGCUCGUAUCGGCCCGGUGGAAAGAGCACAAGAAGCGUGUGCAGGAGCAGAAGGAGCAGAAGGACCUCCAGCAGCAGCUCGAUGCGCAGUUCUCGCAGGACGGACAGCAACCAGGCGAUGAGUCUACGACGCUCGCGGACGACAGUACAGGCGUCGAGUUCAUCGUGGAGUCUGUCCAAGCCCUUGACCUCAGCGUCGAUGGCGACUCGAACGUGGUGGACAGCACAAUUCUCGUUUGA